GAUUAAUUACGGCUUUUGGUUUUUAUAGACAUUCAUCAUGACCACUGCUAUAAUUAGUACCACUAUCACAACAACAACCACAGCUAUAGUAUCCGCAAUCCCUCCAGCAUGGGAAUUACUUACUAAUUCAUUUUCGGAAAACUUUGUUUACUGCCUCAAUCAAUUAGGUAGAAUUCCAGGUGGACAAAUCAUAUUGAGAUACAUUAAAUCUUCAUAUCAAGAUGACCCAAUACGUUCUCUUUUUGAAAUGGCAUUGGUUUUAUUUGCAUUAUCAUAUUUCUUUAGUAAUAUGAGGUUGGAAAACAAGUCGGAGUUAGUGAAGUUAAGUCCUAGCGAAAUUGACGAAUUAUGUCAAGAAUGGACUCCGGAACCUUUAGUGGAACCCUUGACUGAGUUGGAAAAAUGGGAAUUGAAAACCAUUCCUGAAAUCCAAGGCCAUAACGGUUCCCAUAUUACUCUUGCAGGUGCCAAUGAACCAGUUACUAACUUGGCCAGUCAAGAUUUCCUUAAUCUUAACGAAAAUGACCAUAUUAAAGCCGCUGCCAAGACCCACAUCAACCAAGCUGGUGUUGGUGCUUGUGGUCCUCCAAAUUUCUAUGGUACUCAAGAUGUUCAUGUUAGAUUAGAAGAAGAUUUAGCCAGAUUCCUCGGAGCAGAGCAGGCCAUUAUAUAUGGUCAGGAUUUUGUUACUGCUGGUUCUGUUAUUCCUGCAUUUUUAAAACGUGGUGAUUUGUGUGUUGUUGAUAGUGGGGUUAAUAUUGCCAUUCAAAAAGCAUUAAUUGUAUCUAGAGCUGAUAUUGAAUGGUAUGAUCAUAAUGACGUGGAACAUUUAGAAGAAAUCUUAACCCAAUUGAAACCAGUGUUGGAUAAGCAAAAGCCAAUCAGAAGAAGAUUUAUUAUAACCGAGGCAUUAUUUGCCACCACCGGUGAAAUUGCCAAUUUACCAAGACUCGUGGAAUUGAAAAAUGAAUUUAAGUACAGAUUGUUCCUUGAUGAAAGUUUAUCCAUUGGUGUUUUAGGUGAUCAUGGCCGUGGUCUUCCUGAACAUUUCGGCGUUCCAAGAUCAGAAAUUUCUAUAACCAUUGGCUCUAUGGCUAAUGCAUUUGCUAGUUCUGGUGGCUUCUGUGUUGGUGCCACUCCUAUGGUUCACCAUCAAAGAAUUCAAUCAAAUGCCUAUGUGUUUAGUGCAUCAUUACCUCCAUAUUCCGCAAAAGUGACUUCACAAGCUAUAGAAGAGAUUGAAAAUGAAGAAAACAAAUUGAUUCCUUCAUUGCACCAUAGUAUAAUGUUUGUUUAUAAUAAGUUGGACCAUGCAUUGUUGUCUACUCCAUUUAUGAUAACUUCUGAUCCACAGUCACCAAUGAUUCAUAUACAAUUACAUCCUGAUGUGAGAGCAAAAUUAAACUUACCAUUUAACUAUGGUAAUACCGAUUUCAUUUCCAAACGUAAGCCUCUGAAGAGUUUAAACAAAUUUGAUCACUAUUUUAAUGCUGAAAAUUUCAUAUUACAAAAAAUUGUUGACUAUGUAUUACAGAAUGGCAAGAUUUUAAUUACCAGAUCAAAAUUGAUCUUAGAACAUGAAAAUUUACCAGUGUUGCCUCCACAUUUACUAGUCAAUUUAAAGUUAGGGAUUAGUGACGAAGAAAUCAAUAACUUGGAAAAGAUUUUACCCAAGGCUAUUCAAGUAGUGAUGAGCAGCUUUGACUUGAAUAAUUUACCCAAGUUGGAAGAGGAGAUUGUGCAAUACUGAGACCAUCACUGUUACUACUAAUUAUUAAUAUUUCAUGUACACUUAGCAAUAGCACGUCAUUCAUUAUUAUACUUUAAGUAUGAUACUAUAUAAAUAGACUAAAAUUUGUAAUAUAUUCACCACUUAAUACCUCCCGGGUGAAAUAUAUAAUCCAUUAUUUGAUAAGUACAUUUGUAAUGACUAUCUAUUAUUAUCCCGAAUAGCAGCUAGGCUUGCUGACAGCUAUGCGUUACAUUCUAUUUCUUGCCUCUCUAGCUAUUCCCCUCGCUUCUUCAAUAUCAUGCGAAUUACCAUGUUGUAAAUCCUUAGCUAAUUCGUAAGCAUAAUUAAAAUUCUUUUGAUUCAAUGAAUAUCUAGCUAACCAUAAUCUUGCUUUGCAUGUAUCAUCAGUUAUUCCAAUUUCAAAUUCUUGAUUAAAACAUAAUUUCAUAUACUUCUCCGUGUUUUGUAAGUUUCCUAGUUUCUCAGAUAUAGUAGCCAAUCGAUAUGCUAUAUGAGGAUCAAUGAGAGUAUUUCCUUGUUCAUCAGCUGACGUAGAUAUGGUCAAUGCCUUUUCAAAUGAUUUGAUUGCUUCUUCAUACUGUUCAAUUUUUUCAAAACACCCACCAAUGGCGAUCCACAUUCUUUUAUCGUUACUUUGUAAUUUGGUAGCUCGUUGGUAAUAGUACAAUGCGUAUAAAUGCAUAUCCAACACUUCAUAGGCCUGCCCGAGCCCAUACCAUGCUCGGAAAUCUUUGGCAUUUAUAUCAACGGCUUUUCUAUAAGAUUCAAUGGCGGCAUGUGAAUUUUUUAGUUCGACAAACUCAUGUCCGAUUAAUGUGUAAGCACUUAAACAGUUCUUGUCAAGGAGUAAUGCUCGCUUAUAAUACAUUAUUGCCAUUUCAUGUUCUGACUUCAUCAGAUGAUAAUUUGCCAAUAUACAACAAGUUUCUGGUCGAUAUUUGUCUAUAGAACUGGCAAAAUGAGCGAGAUAGGUCAAUUUCAGUCGUUUUUCCAUCACGUAAAGCAUGUUGGAGUAUGUAUCUAGGUCAUCUAGUCUUAGAGGAUCUUGGGCUAGUAUUUCAUCGAAUAUAUGUUCUGCUGUGAAAUAAUCAAGAUUAUGAUAUGAUAUAAGGAAUUGCUGUAGUUUAACAAAGGAAAACUUAGGGAAUAGAUCUUGUAAUUGACUCAAUGUUGUGAAUAGCGAUGGCGAUUGGUGGUAAAACUCUUGCAAUACCACCACUUCAAAGAAUUGGACCAUUAUAUGUGACGAUAGAUGUUUUGAAUUUUUGAUUUUAGAAAGAAAGGAAAUUGCCUCUUCAAAACUCGUAAAUGAGGUGAUCAAUUCUUGCCAACAUGACCAAUUGAAUGGGAAAAGCUUAAUUGAUUUGUACAAGUUUGCUUGGGCCAUUUGACAUUUCUUUU